AUGGGCAAGCCGGGGGGCCGUUCCCACGUCCGUAGUCGGCGCCCCUUCCCUCGCUCCGGGCUGCCUUCGCAACCCCCCCGGCCAGCCCCCUCCGCGCCCGGGGUUUCCCUCUGCUUCUGGCGCCGGGCUGGCGGGCAGGUGGGCUGCGUGGUCCGCGUCUCUCACUCGCGGGGCGCCGGCGAGGGGGCUCCCGAAUCCCCGCCCCGGGGGCCCUGGAGCUGCAGCGGCGUGCUCUUGUCGCCGAGGCCGGCCGUUGUCCUCUGCCACGGGGCGAUCUUCUCUCCUUUCCUGCUGGCGUCGGAGCGGCCGGACUGGUCCCAGCGCGCCGCCCUGCUCGCCGGCAGCUUCUCGCCAGACCUCCGGAUCCGCGUGCUCAGGCCCGGCGGCAGCAGCGCUGGGCUCAGGCGGCCCGGCGAGGCCUCGCAGGGCGGCGGCCCGGCCGUGAGGUUCCACCCGCUCUCCAGUGGCCCGGAGGAGGAGGAGGAGGCCCCCGGCGGCCUGGAGCGCCACGACGCCGAACUCUUGGCGCUGGUCCCCUGCCGGCCCUUCCAGCGCGCCUUCGCCAAAGUUUUCGGGGCCUCGGAGCAGUGGCACUUCGGCGUGGGGGACGAGGAGGCGGCGGCGGCGGUCGGGAAAGGAGAGGCCGGGUCACUCGGCGACGAGCUGCGUUUCCUGCACUGGUUUGCCUUGCUGAGGCUCCUGGGCGGCGGCGGCGGCGGCGACCUCGGCGGAGCGGGUGCCGUGGGCUGCGCGCCGGCCGCGCUUCUGAGCAAAGGGGACCCGCUCUUGGCUUGCGGCUCCCCUUUCGGGUCGUUCUGCCCGGACAUUUUCCUGAACACCCUGAGCAAGGGGAUCGUGAGCAACCUGGCCGGGGAAGGCAACGCCCUGAUCCUGACGGACGCCCGCUGCUUGCCGGGCACCGAAGGCGGGGCCAUCUUUGCCAUCUCCGCGGCCGGCCCCCAGCUCGUGGGGAUCGUCGUCGCGCCGCUGUGCUGGAAAUCCAACGAGUGGGUCGGCCUCACGCUGGUCUGCGCUGUCGACGGCAUCCUGGAGAGCCUCCGGAGUGUCCUCGCGGAGCCGCGCCGGUUCCCGAACAUCUGGCUUCCCCCGCUACGACUUGGGGCCAAGGCCCGGAAGGCGGCCGUCGCCAGAGGUGGGCCGGUCCAGCAGAUGCUGGCGGCUGUCGUGCUGGUGGAGUGUGGACUCUCCUGGGGGUCUGGGGUGAUAGUGAGCUCCAAGGUGGUGUUGACUUGUCGCCACGUGGUCAGUGGAGUAUCAAGUGUCCGGGUGAGGAUACGACCCGGCCCUGAACAGACGUUGGUGACUAAAGGGAAAGUGGUGUUUGUGACCCAGGAUGCUUCUCCUUAUGAUGUUGCACUGGUAGAGCUGGAAGAUGGUUUAUCCAUGUUUGUAGAGCCUGUCCUAGCAUCCAAGUUCUUUGAAGGAGAAGACGUCAGCAUGGUCGGCUUUGGCGCCUUCGGCCAGGCUUGUGGCCCAUCGGUAACAUCAGGGAUCUUGUCAGCAGUGAUCACGGUGGAGGAGACGCCUGUGAUGCUUCAGGCAACCUGUGCUGUUCACGGCGGCUCCAGCGGAGGGGCUCUCUUUGCCACACACAGCGGGGAACUUCUUGGAAUCGUUGCCAGCAACACAAGGGAUAGCAGCAUCGGCGCCACGUACCCCCACCUGAACUUCAGCCUUCCUAUUACAGUCCUGCAGCCAGCUCUCUCGGAAUACACCCGCAGCAGAGAUCUGCGUGGCUUCCGGGAACUGGACAGGGUGGCUGACAGGGUCCGGGUGGUCUGGAGGCUCCAGAGAGAACCUGGGGAGGUGCCACUCAGCAAGCUCUGAAGAUCUGCAACUUGGAGAAGAAAAAGGAAGAGCUCACAGUUGCAAAGGAUAAAUUUGCAGUGGGGACUGUUUUGUAUUACUGGGCAGCCCACCAUGCUUGGAGUUAUACUUAAAACUUUCUGGGAGGGCAGGAUUUUCAAUGGGACUUGCCUUCCUUUGCUUUUGGUCUUAUUUUCCAUCAUGCCUCUGUUCUGCACUCCUCCUACUGUACUCCCACCCAGCCAAUCAGAACAUCCCCUGCUCCUCUACCAGCAUUCGUUGUGGCUUCUCACACCUGGAACUGUUCCAGAGUCUGUUCUGCCCCUCGAAAAGCCACACUCCCCUUGAAAAGCCACUUUAAUCACCUUACCUUUUCACUAAAAUACAGUUCCUCUUC